AGUCUGGAGCUUGGCUGAAGGCGCGAGCUGCCGACGCCGUCUCCUAGCAACCAAGCGGCGGUCACGUGACCCGCUCCAGCCCGUUUCACGUGGUCUUGAGCUGCGCUGGGGUUGGAGUGGCCGCAACGGGCGGGGCGGGGCCGGGCAAGUUUGUUCCCCGAGUUCGGAGCCUAGGAGCCCCCCGCGGCUGCGGCGCAGGUGCCCUCGGCCUGAGUCGGGAUGGAGCUGCCUGCUGUGAACCUGAAGGUGAUUCUCCUAGGUCACUGGCUGCUGACAACCUGGGGCUGCAUUGUAUUCUCAGGCUCCUAUGCCUGGGCCAACUUCACCAUCCUGGCCUUGGGCGUGUGGGCUGUGGCUCAGCGGGACUCCAUCGACGCCAUAAGCAUGUUUCUGGGUGGCUUGCUGGCCACCAUCUUCCUGGACAUCGUGCACAUCAGCAUCUUCUACCCGCGGGUCAGCCUCACAGACACGGGCCGCUUUGGCGUGGGCAUGGCCAUCCUCAGCUUGCUGCUCAAGCCGCUCUCCUGCUGCUUCGUCUACCACAUGUACCGGGAGCGCGGGGGUUUCCUUGGGUCUUCUCAGGACCGUAGUGCCUACCAGACGAUUGACUCAGCAGAGGCGCCCGCAGAUCCCUUUGCAGUCCCAGAGGGCAGGAGUCAAGAUGCCCGAGGGUACUGAAGCCAGCCACGCUGCACCCGGCCCUGCCCCGGGCCUUCCUCGUGCCUGGGAGGUCGUUCUAGGGAUGCUCCUGACCUCCGUCUCUUGGAUCUAAGAUGGAAUGUGUCCCCAGCUCAGGGAUUGCCUGAACCAAGAGGCCAGGAGCCCCCAUGGGCCGCCCAGUACCAUGCACACUCCUGUCCCGAACUCCCUGAGGCCUCCCCUCCCUUCAGGGCACCCACUGGUUCCCAGGCUGGAACCAGGGUCUCUCUUUACCUCCUACCCCAUGGUGGCACCACAGAGGCCCUCAGCCGAGUCCUGCCUGAGUGUUGCAAGCUCAGGCCUUUAAGGACUGCUGAUGCCCCCUCAGGCGUCCCGCAAGUUUGCUGGGCUUUGGUGGAAGCCCUGAGAACUUCAGGUCCUGCUCAGCCCGAGGAGCAGUCUGGCAUGGGAGUGAGUCCUUCUCACUGCCUGGUCACUUGGUGCCUAGGGAUGCAGGGCUGGAGGCCAGAGGUGUCAGCAACACUGUGACCCACCACAACCUCCAGCCUCCCUUUUCAGAGCACAGCAUUAAAGUUUGGGGAAUUCUGUA